AUGGCUUCUUCACUUUCAAUAAGAAAGUACCCUCAACGAGAGUAUGAACUGGGAAAAGCACCGAUUCAAAAGAAGAGCAUGAAUCACAACUGCCACUUGGCCAAUCUCAGUUUCAUAAAAGAAUCCCUUGGGGAUGCUGUAUGGAACGACUUGAAAGAAUCAUCCAUUGGGGUGAUAAUUAAGCUUCAUGAAAUCGAGUAUGUGUGGUCUGCGAAGCAUGUUCACUACUUUCUCACAAAUCAGCUGGCUACAAAGAGGACUUAUGAAAUGUGGUCUUUGGUUGGAAGCAAACCAAUACGAUUUUCAUUGUAUGAGUAUGGAGAUAUCACCGGCUUGAAUAUUGAUCCAUUUGAGGCCAAAGAUACCUGGGAUGUUGACCAUAAGGAGCUCUGGGGAGAAAUGGGAGUGUCUACAAUUGAAGGACCUAAUUUGAAAGAGUUGCUGACGGUUUUGGGCAGAUGUCGUCCUUGGGAUUUUGAAAAAAGGAGAAUGGUCGGCUUGCUCUGUCUUCUUUCUAUUGGAAUCUAUGGUAUAUCACAAACUAGCAGAAUCCCAUUGCCGACUGCAAAAAGGGUUAUGGAUCGAGAGAAGUUUGAUACAUAUCCUUGGGGUCGGGUUGGAUUUAAGCAAUUGAUAGAGUCCAUUAAAUGUGUAACUUACGAAGGCAAGCUCACUUACAUAAUUCGUGGGUUCGUCCAUGUCUUGCAAAUCUGGGCGUGUGAGGCAGUUGUUGGAAUAGGUGAGAUAUCUGGUAGAAAGAUACAAGGGACUCCGCAAGUGCCUCUACUCUCAUGGGGUGGAUCACGGAUGAGAUUCAAGUUCGAUCGGUUCGUUUUGGAAGAGCAGGAAAAACAUGGCGAGGUACGUGUUCGCCAUAUGAUUAUCAAACCAUACGAGGAUAUAUACCCUAAGUGGGAGGGUGAUGAACAUGAUGAGGACUUAGACAAUAUGAUCAAGGACAUUCUUAAUGAUCAGUUGGACACAAAAGCUUGGGAUUUUCCUCCUAUUAAAAAACGCAAACCCGGUGAGGAUGACGAUGACAAAGUUACCAACGUUAAAGACUUCGUUGCAUCGGAAGACCAGCGUGUACUUGAUUCAAACGUUGCUGGGCUUGUGAACAUGGUGGAGACACUUUCUGAAAGAGAUGGUGCAAUUGAUGCUACUAUUGCUGCACGUUGCACAAGCGUUGAGGGUGGACUCAAUAUAAGGAUCAGGUCCCUUGAGAAUGACAUGAAGGAGCUUAAAGAGAAACUUAUACCCACUGAAAAGAGAGAAGUGGCGGUUUCAAAUGUUAACGUUGAUGAUGACGCAUCAAGCCAAACUCCGGCUGCAAAACAUGCACAAAGGAGUAAGGGUGGUGUUAAGGCUGUGUGUAAAAAAGAUGUUGGUAAGCCUCAAGACAGAAAACAAGGUGUCAAUGUUGAAAAGGGAAAAUACGUUGUUGAUUUGGGGGAAGAAGCCUCUACCGAGUCAGUUCGAAGAGAACAAGCGUUUAGUAAUACUUUGAAUUCUCUCUUAGCCGGUAUAAAAGGCUUAGAUGAUGAUGAUCCUACAGAUAAAAGACAACCUCUAUUGGCGCCGCCCCUGAGAUGGCCUUACGUAGGCAGUUCAGACAUGAAACGCAUCAUUACCACUACGAGGUCCACUGAAAUUUAUGAUCCAAUAUCAAAAGUGCCAGAAAGCAAACGGCGUGCAAUGAUGGACUUCAUUGAAGACGACUAG